AUGGAGGACAUUGCACAAAUGAACGCCACAGAAACAUCAAAGUUAAGGCAGGCGGACCUAAUGAUCGAGAUCCAGGAAUGGGCACAGCGAAUGAUAUCGGCCCAAUCUUGGAUUGGCCGAGGCCUUGUGACGAUGGUGUUCUUACUGAGCUUCGGAUCCCUCUUCAUCUACUUCGUAAUAUCAAUAGAGACCAGUGAAGACACUCAGGUGGUCUUGAGGACACUGCAGGUGGUCGACAUGGGCUUUAACUCUUUCUUUCUGUUCUACUUUGGUCUACGUUUCAUCGCCGCGGACGACAAGCUGCGGUUCUGGGUGGAGCUGAACUCGAUCGUGGAUUUCUUCACCAUCCCCCCAGUGGUCCUCUCGCUGUACUUGAACCAAGACUGUGUCGGUUUGAGGUUCAUGAGGUCUCUCCGUCUGCUCCAGUUGCCUGAAAUCCUGCAGUACCUUCGGAUCCUGAAGCGUCACACUAAAAUCAAACUGGCAAGUCUGCUGUCGGUGUUCGUGGGAGCCUGGCUUACCGCUGCCGGCUUCAUAUACACGAUCGAGAACUCCGGAGACCCUUGGCAGGAGGAAAACAACAGCCAACCCCUGACCUACUGGCAGUGCGUCUAUCUACUCAUGGUCACCAUGUCAACUGUCGGCUACGGUGAUUUAACUGCCAGGACCUCACUUGGCCAGGUCUUCAUGGUGUUCUUCAUCAUCCUGGGCUUGGUAUUGUUUGCAAGUCAUGUCCCUGAGAUUAUUGAACUCAUCGGAAGCCAUCGCAAGUACACAGGGUCCUACAGAUUAGUCAUGGGUAAGAAGCACAUUAUAGUGUGUGGUCACAUCACCCUCACCAGUCUGCAUGAGUUCCUGAAGGAUUUCAGCUGGAAGGAGAGGGAGGAGUGUUCAACAAACAUUGUGAUCCUGGAGGAUUUUAACCCCGGCCUGGAACUCCAAGCCAUGUUCAAACGACACGUGAUUCAGAUGCAGUUUUUCCAGGGAUCAGUGCUGAAGCCGAGUGAUUUGGUUCGGAUCCAGCUGGACAAGGCAGACGCCUGCCUGAUCUUAGCGGACAAGAACUGCCUCAACCCUGAGGCCGAAGAUUCUGCAAACAUAAUGAGGGCCGUUGCUGUCAAACAGUACUCCCCCGAAAUUCGGAUCAUUGCUCAGGUGCUGCAGUAUCACAGCAAGGCGUACCUGCAGAACCUCCCGAGCUGGAACAUGAAGCACCGUGACAGUGUGAUCUGCCUGAGUGAGCUGAAGAUGGGCUUCAUCGCACAGAACUGCAUCGUGCCGGGGUUCUCCACACUGCUCGCCAACUUGUUCAUCAAGAAGUCCCAGAUGGAGCAUAAGACGGGAACCUGGCUCGAUAUCUACCAAGAGGGAGUCAGCCAAGAGAUUUUCACGGAAUUUCUGUCAGAGGCCUUUGUGGGAAUGUCGUUUCCUGCUGUGUGCCAGAUCUGCUACAUUAAGCUGAAGCUGCUGCUGAUCGCCGUCCAGUACCGGACCAGUGAGGAGUCGGUCAGUAUCCUGAUUAACCCUGAUGCCAGCAUUGUGAUCCAGGAACAGACCCUGGGCUUCUUCAUUGCCAAGAAGCGCAGCCUGGUGCAGAGAGCGAAUUUCUACUGCACCAACUGCCACUACGACAUCUCUGACAAUCGACGCAUCAAAAAGUGCAGCUGUAAGAAACUGGCCAACAACGACAAGGUGUUUUACGGCGUCUUUCGUGUGCAGUCGUUCGGGGUUCUGCCGAGGCAGGUGACCUCCACAGAGUGGACGGAGUCAACGUUGGCCAGAGAGAAGGUGACCCUGGACUCCACUGGCAUGUUCCACUGGUGCCCACCCAAGGCCAUCAGCCAAGUGACUCUGAGCCGUGCCAUGGCAUCCCGCCUGCAGCUGUCGAAACACGUGAUCGUCUGCAUCUUCAGUGAGCCCAAGUGCCCUGGGAUAGGCCUGCGCAACUUUGUGAUGCCUCUGCGUGCGAGCAGCUUCACCUACGACGAGCUCAAGUCCAUUGUGUUUGUGGUGUCCCUGGAGUACAUCGCCAAGGAGUGGGAGACCAUCAGCAACUUCCCCAAGAUCUUCAUCCUGCCGGGCUCCCCGCUUUGCCGAGCCGACCUGAAGGCAGCCAGCAUCGGGACCUGCGACAUGACCGUUGUCAUCUCCUCCAAUCGAACCCACUUCGAGGAGAAGAGCCUGCAGGACAAGGAGUGCAUCCUGGCCACCCUCAACCUGAAGGCCAUGCUCUUCGAGGAGGUCAAGAGCACAGACGAGCUGCCCACAAUGUCUUCAGAGACUGUCUCCGAUGAUACGGGUACAUCUGCCUCAAUCGACAAACAUUACUACAGGGUUCCUAUCAUCACUUCACUCGUUCAUCAGUCGAACGUCUAUUUUCUGGAUCAGGAAGAUCGUGAUGAACCGGACACAGAUUUGUACCUCACCCAGCCCUACGCCAGUGGAUGUGUGUUUGCAUUCAGUAUCUUGAACUCUCUGACGUGUAUGACAUACUUCAACGACAACAUUCUGUUACUGAUCCGUACCCUGGUGACAGGCGGCGCCAGCCCAGAGCUGGAUGAGCAGUUGGCCGACGAGGACGCACUCAGAGGCAAUAUCCACGCCCAGGAUAACAUGAACCAGAGGAACCGGUGCAAGCUCGCGCGCAUCACCAUGUGUGACAAGCGGUUUGAAGAGUUUGCGCACGGUGGCAAAUAUGGAGACCUGUUCUGCAAAGCUCUGCUCCGCUAUGGGAUACUGUGCUUCGGGAUAUUUCGAUUGCAAGACCCAGCCAAGCAAUCGAAGAAGCGACACCGACUGACGCCCGCUCAGAUGGAACUGGACUCAAACCCAAACGUUGUGACUGAGCAAAGACCCAAGUGGCUCCCAGAACCUGCUCCUGUCUCCUCGGACUGGGCAACCAAGCUCAAUCCCAGCGUGCUAGUGGGUUGGCUAUUUGACCACUGUAGGAAAUGUGACAGGUUCGUCAUCACAAAUCCCUCAUCUUCCUUUGAACUUAUUGAGACUGACUUCAUCAUGUGCACUGUGCCCUUCUAUGACAUCCAGUCCAUGGCCACCAACAUGUACUGUCAGAUGAAUUACUUCUCCAAGUUCAUCCCACUUCAUGCAGUGGCCAGGCAAUCGUCUACUGCCAUGCGACCGGUCAGGUUUGAUCGAAGUAUUUACAGCCAUGACUACACAGAGCAAGUAAAGGAGAGAACAGAGAAGGACAGGGGGCCAGUGGAGAAGAGCACCAUUGAAGAGGCUGAAGAGCCCAAGAAGACGAAAACUUUGGACCACACGAUGUCGGAACAGUUUAGGGAACUACUGAAAGCUGCUGCUAUGCGGAGGGCUUCCAAGGAGAAGAGGAAAUCCUCCGUGUUUGUUGCAGUCCAACACCACAAGGAGGUCGACAAAUCUGGAGAGGAACCUCAGUCCUUGAAAUCCGAAGCAGAGGUUGAAUUGGAAAUAAUAAUAGGUGAAGAAAUGGGGCGUGCGUCCCCAAAGCCUGCAGAGAGUGGCAGUGCAGCACCUGUAGCCACAACACCUGGACCAGGUGCACAACCUGUAGCCACAACACCCGGACCUGGCGCACAACCUGUAGCCACAACACCCGGACCUGGCGCACAACCUGUAGCCACAACACCCGGACCUGGCGCACAACCUGUAGCCACAACACCUGGACCUGGUGCACAACCUGUAGCCACAACACCCGGACCUGGUGCACAACCUGUAGCCACAACACCUGGACCUGGUGCACAACCUGUAGCCACAACACCCGGACCUGGUGCACAACCUGAGGCCACAACACCUGGACCUGGUGCACAACCUGUAGCCACAACACCUGGACCUGGUGCACAACUUGUAGCCACAACACCAAAACCCAGUGUGGAGAACAAGGGUGUUCAACCAGAGCAAGGUCCUAAAACUGGUGAGGGUGGCCCAGAAUGA